AUGGGGAACAGUUUUACAGGUGGUGGUGGUGGUGGUUGUGGAAGGAAGAAGAAGGCCAAAGUAAUGAAGAUUGACGGCGAAAUCUUUAAACUGAAAACACCCAUACAAGUGUUUGAAGUCAUCAAGGAUUACGCCGGCUAUGUUGUUCUGGAAUCCAAAGCUGUUAAACGAUAUGGGAUCAGAGCUAAUCCGUUAGACCCUGAAGAAUUUUUGGAAGCCGGGAAGAUUUAUUUUCUGGUGGAGUUGCCAAAGCCGCCGGUGGAGAAGAAGGUGGUGCCGGUGACUAGAAGGGUGCAGUCUGGGGUGAAAUUGACGGCGAAGGAGAGGUUGGAUUGUUUGAUGAUGUCUCGGAGAUCUGCGUCGGAGGUUGCGUUUGGUGGUGGUGGGUUGGGUGGGUCUGGUUCUGUUAGGGUUAAGGUAAGGUUGCCGAAGGCGGAGGUGGAUAAGUUGAUCGGAGAAAGUAGGGAUGAGGUGGAGGUGGCGGAGAGGAUUGUUGAUCUUUAUGUGCAGAAGAAGGCCGGUGGCCGGCGGUUGGGUAGGAUUUAG